AUGAGCAGGAACUAUACGUUUGUACAAGGAAGCUGGGAAACACAACAUGAAGUGGUGAACCGCGUGAGUCCUGCAGAAGAUUCUCCCGCUGAUGACGACACACUCAUGUUCCCACUCUCACACACUGCACAGCGUCAGGCGUCUGCGACACACUCUCUGCUCAUGCUGGAAAUGGCCAGCACAGCGGCUGUUGCCGAGAAAUAUCAGCUCACAGAAGGUCAGAGUAAAUGGGUUUUACUGUCUCACCACAGCUUGUUAUCUGAAAGUGAAAUAAAUAUAGUCCUGCUACGACCGGCUCGCUCUCACUCCGCCAGCAUGAUGAAGACGACUCUGCUCGUCAUGUUCCUCGUCACACACUCUUCAGCUAUUCUUACAGUCAGCAAAAUAUCAGUUCAAAAACAUCAAACCAUCAUAAUCCCUUGUUUAUAUAAUGAGAGAUAUGUCAGUAACCGUAAAUAUGUGAGUUCUGGAGGCGUUUGGCUCUUCAGUAGAGAAGUGAAGCACGGCAGAAUGUGUUUAGCGGAUAACCGAACAGAGAAGGUGUUCACCGCCACGCUGAGCAGCGCCGAGGAGAGCGACUCCGGCUCCUACUGGUGUGCCAUCGAGGGCACUGGGUCUGAUCCGCACGCACAACUCCACUUGGAGGUUAUAAAAGGUAAAGCCCGGCUCCACGUGUCGAGUCAGAGCGUGUCCGGCUACGAGGGAGGCCGCGUCACCGUCCUCUGUCACGGAGCGUCACUGUGGUGUCAGAUCGGAGGCUCGUGUGUUGGGAGAGAUGAAGAAAGCUCAGAUAAAGCUCAUGUCAGAGGAGACGGGGAGGCUCUGAGCGUGAGCUUGAGCGAGCUGAAGAUAGAGGACAGUGGAUGGUACUUCUGCUCCGAUGGGAAAUACCAGAUGCCAGUUCAUAUUAGUGUGAGGAAGGCCACAAGACCAGUUACUGUUCACUACACAGGCCACACCACAGCAUCCAGCCAAGACAACGUGGCGUGGGGUCCGGGUCUCCUGUGGCGGGCCGUUCUGGGAGCGAUGCUGCCCGCGGUCUUCUGUGUGGCUGUGGCUCUGAUCAGACGAAACAUCAGCAGAAGUGAGAGACUCAGAUAUUUACAUUUACAUUUAGUCAUUUAGCAGACGCUUUUAUCCAAAGCGACUUACAAAUUAGGACUAAAUUAAAGCGAGUCAUCGU